UUCAAAACAAUAACAUUCAAGAAAAUUAUUUUUUUCGCAAUAUUUUACCUCAAUUACUGCAGAAAUCCAUGCGAAUUUCGUGUUUGUGCAUGUUUCGAGCCGUUUUGAUGUAAAAGACAAUGCACGUUAGCAGCUAAGAAAUUGAAAAACAUCAAAGAUGUCUUCGUGGCACUUUGCCGCAACCUCCGCUGAUUCGUCGCGCGACGAGUGUUUUUGCGAAACGCUGGACCCGCAGGCGAUCCGUUUGCGCUUCCUGUGUCCCGAGGACAUUGCCGAGAUCCAGACAUUGUGUCAGGACUGGUUCCCGAUUUCGUACCCCAAGGAAUGGUACGAACAAAUUGUCACACCCAAGUACUAUUCGCUCGUUGCGCUGUACGAAAAGACGAUAAUCGGGCUAAUUGUGUGCGAGAUAAAGCCUUAUCACAGACUAAAUCGGGAGGAUCGCGACAUUUUGCCGUCGACUUUUAGCGGAUGCGAAGUGGGCUACAUCCUAUCGUUGGGCGUUCACAAGAAAUUCCGGAGAAAAGGCAUCGGCUCGUUGCUGCUUGACACCUUUUUGAGGUUUAUUACGUCAACGGACAAGCAAAAUGUUAAAGCCCUGUUUCUACAUGUUCUUACCACCAACCAAGCCGCCAUAAUUUUCUACGAGAAACGCCAAUUUCGCUACCACGCAUUUCUGCCUUACUACUACUCAAUCAAGGGACGAUCACGAGAUGCAUUUUUGUACGUUAGUUACUUGAAUGGGGGACGCCCCGUCAAUCUACUUGACCAAAUCAAAUCCAUCGUCUACGGCGUGCUCUGUAGACCUUUUAUAUACUUGAUACAACGCGUUUUGCAUCACAACCGAACGCAAAAUAGUCAAUUUAAGUUUGCACAAAUUUGAGAUUCACUCUAAAAAAAAAUAUUUUUCUUAUUAGAUUUUAAGACAGAGACGACCUUUGACGACAACCAUGGGAGAUAUUUGUAAUGUAGCAUAAUUUUUUUAUUUGUUUUUAGAGAAAGCCAAAUAUUAUUCAAAGUUAUAUUGAACCGUUGAAUAGUUUUAAAUCACAA